AUGGCACAGACGCUUCAGUCUCACCUAUCCGUCUUGAGCGCCAGCGCAUCUCUCUAUGCUUCUUUACCUGCCUUCCGCGUUCCCCGAUCCGAUCUCCAAUCUGGCGAACCUCAGGAUUGGGAGCCAGUUACUUAUGCUCAGUUUGAACGCGAUGUCGAGCUCUAUGCUAGACAUUGGGCCCGAGUAUUGAAGCGCAACAGCAUUCCUCAACGCUCCGUGAUUGGCAUGUGGAUCGGAGGCUUGACUUACACAGACGUUCUUCAAAUCUACGGCCUUUCUAGGGCUGGAUUUGUACCACAGCUGUUCAGUAUCCGACUUCCCAACCCUGUGAUCAUCUAUGAGCUUCUCGAGAAAGCAAACUCGAAGGGACUUAUAUUCGACUCAUCAUUCAAGUCGGCAGUCGAAGAUUGUCCUCUGCCCACUUAUCCUGCCGUCAACAUUGACGAAACCGACACACAGGACGAGCCACUACCUGUUCUUUCUACCGUGAUAGAUCCAGACGACGUCCUCUUUGUUUUCCACACUAGCGGGUCGACAUCGAAUAGUCCUAAGCUUGUUCCUUGCACCCGCAAGUGGGUGAACGCUGCCAUCCUCAAAUCGCGUAUCGUUGGCAAGCCAAAGGUCGAUGGUUCUAGGGAUGUCACGGUUUGGAUGGGAAGCAUGAGUCACAUAGGACAAUCAUUCAUGUUUCUUGGCUCGAUGCAACACGGGGCAUGCACCAUCCAGCCGACAAAAAUCAACUUCUCCCCGGAUGAACUUGCACAAAUGAUUACAAGAUGUGGUCUCAAUCGCCUCAAUCAAUUUGCCGCCUUUCUUGCUAUGAUGAUCCGCAACUCCCGACAGAACCCCAAACUCCUUUCCCUCCUUCGUAGCCUCGAUGAGAUUCUCUAUAGUGGCCUGCAAUUACCCCGUGACGAAGAGCAGUUUGCAUAUGCCAACGGUCUCAAACUCAAGAACUUGUUUGGCAACACGGAGUGCGGUGCGAUGCUCUUGUCCGUGGGAGGUACCGGCCCUACAGCGUCCCUCCUUUGUGCUCUGGACACCACCUCCUACGCUUUCUUCCCCAUUACGUCAAAUCAGUCAGAAGCAGGUCACAAAAGCACGACAUCUCAGAUGGUAGAGCUCGUUAUCCUGUCGGACUCAGGGGAUUGUCCCCACCCGUCGCUCCGUGCAUCGGACGGACACUUCCAUACUGGUGACCUGUUCCUGGAGGUCCAGCCGAAUUCCUAUGUCUUCCGGGGACGGGACGAUGACUGGAUCAAGAGCGAGAACAGUCUCCGUUGUGACACCAAAGCCAUUGAGGAUAACGUUCGCUUGACCUGCAGCGAACUCAUCUCCGACUGCAUUGUAGUCGGCAAUGGACGUCCGUCGCCUGUCCUAUUCGUCGAGCCAGCGUCCGAUGGCGACCACACGAAAUUGAAACGGGAAAUCCUUCGACGUACCCGUCAAUUCCACUCGCGGCGAUAUUUACACGAACGUAUCACUUCUGCGACGAUGAUCGUCGUGGUAGAGCGAGGGUCACUGCCUCGAACAACGACGAAGGGAAAUAUCAGGCGAAAGGCGGUCGAGGAGAUUCACAAGGGUUUGUUGGACCGAAUCCACGGGGUCGCUUUCUAAUUUUUCGGGCUUGUGGUGAAAACACUUAUUCAUAUUUUUUAUUCUUCCGGAGGAGUCUUAGACCAACGCACUGCCAUAGAUUGUUUAUAAUCGUUUUCCUUAUUUUGUCGACUUUAUGGACCCUGUAGAUGUAGACUAGUGUAGAACAUCACUUUUUUUUACUUUUCUCUUUCAGCAAUUUCCCAUAGAGCACGCACUUACAAUUUAGUACAUAGCAAGGAGUCAGGAUUAUUAGACAUCAAGCAUUC